GUUUGUACAUCACCACGGCGCUAGUAGUACAAGCGCGCACUGGUGGGGACGCUCGAAGUGGUGGGGACACGGGUAUAUAAGCAGGCGCCCGAGACGAGACUGGCACUUCAUGCUCAACUGUGUUACAGAAAUUCAUGUACCAGUAUCUACUGUAUUGACAUAAUGAAGAGAAAACGACAAUUGAGUUUAAAAUCAACAAAUGAAUCUCGUGAAGGACAUUCUACCAGAUUCUUCUACGGUAACUCACAGACACAAAAAUCUGACGAAAAUUUGACAUUUUCUUCAUCGUCAUCAACUCCAAAGACAGAAGAGGCAGAACAUCGAAAAGCAGAGAAGAAAACUUUUCGCUCGAGUGGAAUAUUCAGAUUAAAAUCACCAACUAGAUCUCGCGAAGAAAUGUCUACCAGUUCAAUUGGAAAGACUGAAAAUGUGAAAGCUGGAAUUCCGGAGAAACAAUCUUUUACUUCCAGUGAAAGAUUGAGUUUAAAAUCAACAAAUGAAUCUCGUGAAGGACAUUCUACCAGAUUCUUCUACGGAAACCUACAGACACAAAAAUCUGACGAAAAUUUGACAUUUUCUUCAUCGUCAUCAACUCCAAAGACUGAGCAGGCUGAACCUCGAAAAGCAGAGAAGAAAACUUUUCGCUCGAGUGGAAUAUUCAGAUUAAAAUCACCAACUAGAUCUCGCGAAGAAAUGUCUACCAGUUCAAUUGGAAAGACUGAAAAUGUGAAAGCUGGAAUUCCGGAGAAACAAUCUUUUACUUCCAGUGAAAGAUUGAGUUUAAAAUCAACAAAUGAAUCUCGUGAAGGACAUUCUACCAGAUUCUUCUACGGUAACUCACAGACACAAAAAUCUGACGAAAAUUUGACAUUUUCUUCAUCGUCAUCAACUCCAAAGACAGAAGAGGCAGAACAUCGAAAAGCAGAGAAGAAAACUUUUCGCUCGAGUGGAAUAUUCAGAUUAAAAUCACCAACUAGAUCUCGCGAAGAAAUGUCUACCAGUUCAAUUGGAAAGACUGAAAAUGUGAAAGCUGGAAUUCCGGAGAAACAAUCUUUUACUUCCAGUGAAAGAUUGAGUUUAAAAUCAACAAAUGAAUCUCGUGAAGGACAUUCUACCAGAUUCUUCUACGGUAACUCACAGACACAAAAAUCUGACGAAAAUUUGACAUUUUCUUCAUCGUCAUCAACUCCAAAGACAGAAGAGGCAGAACAUCGAAAAGCAGAGAAGAAAACUUUUCGCUCGAGUGGAAUAUUCAGAUUAAAAUCACCAACCAGAUCUCGCGAAGAAGUGUGUGUCAGUUCGAUUGGAAAGACUGAAGAUCUAAAAUCUGGAAUUCCGGAGAAACAAUUUUUCUCUUGUAGUGAAAGAUUGAGUUUAAAAUGUAAGUUUUUUAAAAUUAUUUUCUUCUAGUAUUUGAUUUAAAUUGAGGAAUUUUUUAAUUUUAAUUCUUUUGUUUCUUUUUAAUUUUCAGCACCAACUGGAUCUCGCGGAGAAAUGUCUAUCAGUUUAAUUGGAAAGACUGAAAAGCAAAUUUUGUCUUCGAGUAAAGGACCGGAAAAAAAAAUUUCAUUUCAUAGUCAAAGAUUAAGUUUGAAAUGUAAGUUUUUAAUAAUUAACCAAGGAAAAAAUGAUUCGUACGAUGAAUCAUUUUCACCUGGGUACAUUUUAAAAAUAUUUUAUUAAAAUAACAAUUUAAAA